AUGUGCUCAAUGUCUGCCGCAGCCCAAUGCAUUUCUCUGCUAACCAAACCAUGUGUCGCCUACUGUGGCCCGCUAACUUUGUGCCCACCUAAUGCUCUCAUCCUGAUAACUCGCUCGGAGAAUGAGAGAUCAAUGUUGGAUUGUGACAGUCAUCAUAAUUUUGACUUUGCAUACAUUCGUCCGUGUUUUCUACUCUGUCCGAUCUCCACCUCACCAUUACGGAGUGUUGCGAAGGUGGUCAUCCUUCUAUCGACCUCUUCCACAUUCACCUUGUUUGUGCAUAUACAAAAGACAGGUGGUACUCUCUUGGAACGAAGGUUGGCAUUUGGUGGUGUGCAACUUCGCCCGUGCAUCUGUUUUAGCGGUAUUCGUCGCUGCCAGUGUCGAACAAAGCGUGGGAUCACAUGGCUAGUCAGUCGUUAUUCCACCGGUUGGAUAUGUGGACUGCAUGCAGGUCUGACGGAAUAUUCACAGUGCAUAAACCGCCAGCUGAACAUCUUUGAUUCGAAGGCGGUCAAGCGCAAUUUAAUACAGAAUACUUCGAUCACAAUGCGAUCGGUAGCAGAUCCGAGUGCAUGA